GAUCAGCUCCGUAGUGAAAGGUUUUCUUGGCAUUCUCGGUGCGACAGUGGAAAGUGGAGGCAGCCUUUUGGAUUUGUGUCGAAGCCUGAGUGACUGGUGGAGCAUUUCUGUGGCCACAUGAGAGAAUGCUGUCAGGUUUGGCUCUGCUGCUGCUCGUCUGCGUGCACAUGCGGGUGCAGGGGAAGCCUCGCUCUCAGGGUCUGGGCUGCGAUGAGUACCUUGGAUCAGGAAAGGUGAUGGACAGGUGCGGUGUGUGUGGAGGAGAAAACACAACCUGCAGGCUCGUCUCUGGAGUCUACAAACACAGUUUAACGAAGAUCGGCUACCACAAGAUAGUGGAGAUCCCCGAGGGAGCCACCAAGAUCAACGUGACAGAGAUGGUGAAGAGCAGGAACUACCUAG